AUGAAGAUCUCUACCAUUGCAAGUUCUACGUUGUUCGCUGUUGGUGCUUUAGCCGAAUCCGAACCCGCUGAGUUCAGACCCUUGGAAGCUCAGUUGGACAAGUCAUCUUUCUUUGAACAAUUCGACAAGGAACCGAAACUCGGCGACACCUGGAAGAUCUCCCAUGCCGUUAAGAAUGAAGAAUUCACUUAUGUUGGAGAAUGGGCCAUUGAGGAACCUGUUGUCUAUCCUGGAUUCAAGAAGGACAGGGGUCUGGUUGUGAAAUCUGAGGCAGCUCACCACGCAAUAUCUGCCCAAUUACCACAGGUAUUUGACAACACUGACAAUACGUUGGUCUUGCAAUACGAAGUCAAGCUUCAACAAGGAUUGAACUGUGGAGGUGCUUAUGUUAAAUUAUUGAGUGCUGAGGGUCUGAACAAGAAUGAGUUCUCUAACGAGACCCCUUAUCAAGUCAUGUUUGGUCCUGAUAAAUGUGGAACCACGAAUAAAGUGCACUUGAUUAUUAAGAGGAAGAACCCAGCCACCGGCGAAUAUGAGGAACAUCAAUUGGCUACUCCUCCAAUGGGUAGAAUCGUCAAGACUACUUCUCUAUACACCCUGAUUAUCAAGCCCAAUAAUGACUUUGAAAUCAGAAUCAACGGUGAGGUUGCUAAAGCUGGUAACUUGUUGAACGAGAAGUUGAUAAAGCCACCAUUUGGCGCUCCGAAGGAGAUUGACGAUCCGGAAGACCAAAAACCCGAAGAUUGGGUUGAUGAAGACAUGAUCCCAGAUCCAGAUGCUGUCAAGCCUGAAGAUUGGGACGAGUCCGAGCCAUUGCGAAUCGUCGAUCCGGAAGCUGUGAAACCAGAAAACUGGAACGAAGAUGCUGAAUUGUACAUCCCUGAUCCAGAGGCCACCAAGCCCGAAGACUGGGACGAUGAAGAGGAUGGCGAAUGGGUUGCUCCUGUUAUUCCAAAUCCAGAAUGCGCAGAUAUUGGAUGUGGCCCUUGGAAGGCUCCAUAUAUUACCAAUCCUAACUACAAGGGUAAGUGGAGUCCUCCUCUUAUUGAGAACCCUGAUUACAAGGGACCUUGGAGCCCUAAGAAGAUUGCCAACCCUAACUACUUUGAAGACAAGAAACCAGCAAACUUGGAACCUAUUGGAGGUCUUGGUUUUGAGUUGUGGACCAUGAAUGCAGAUAUUCUCUUUGACAACAUCUACCUAGGCCAUUCUAUUAAGGAAGCUGAAUUCAUUGGAAACGAAACUUUUGUUCCAAAAUUGGAGUUGGAGGAAGCAGAAUCUGCAAAGAAUGCUCCAAAGCCAGAUUUUGAGCCUGAAACCCCACCUGAAACUGGUUUAGACUCUACUGGAAACAUUUUUACAGAUGUGUUCGACACUGUUUUCCAAACUGUAUUGGAGUAUUACGUCAGUGCUAACGCCUUUUUGAAUGAUGUUGUUCAAGAACCCUCAGUUUUGUUGGAACGUCCGGGCGAAGCAGUUUACUACUUGGUCACAUUUUUUUCGGGUUUCACCUUCCUUGUAGCCGUUUGGUCAGGUUUGAUUUUUGCAUUGACCGGUGCUGGCAAGAAGCCAGAGACUUCUGCAAAGACACCAACAAAGUCUACCCAGAAGAUCGAGGAGGUUACUGAAGAUGAGACUGAGAAGACUGAUUCCUCGUCUGCUGCUAAGAACUCGACUAAAGCUACAAAGAGAACCUAG